AUGUCGAUGUACCCGGUGACUGGGUGCAGCCCACGGCGCGCUUGGGGAGGCUCCAGUCGCCAACCGCGCCGGGCUCCCACGCAUGUCAGGAGCAUGGCAUGCCUGUGCUUGGGGGAGCCGGGGUGGCCUUGUUGCUUCGUGGCCGUGUCUGUGUCUGUGCCGUGGCCGUGUGUCUGGGGCCGUCGGGCUUCCUGCCUGCCGCCACUGCGUGGCCGCCCUCCAGGAGCUGCCGCCCUCCAGGAGCUGCCGUCCAGGGCCUCGGGCCUGCCUGCCUGGACCCGGCCUGCCUGGGCCCAGCCUGCCAGCCGCCCGGCGAGCCUCCCCUCUCCGGCCUCUCUGGCUUUAGAUCACGGCUACACCACCCUGGCCACCAGCGUGACCCUGCUGAAGGCCUGCGAGGUCGAGGAGAUCCUGGACGGCAACGACGAGAAGUACAAGGCCGUGUCCAUCAGCACGGAGCCUCCCACCUACCUCAGGGAACAGAAGGCAAAGAGGAACAACCAGUGGGUCCCCACCUUGCCCAACAGCUCGCACCACCUGGACGCCGUGCCCUGCUCCACCACCAUCAACAGGAACCGCAUGGGCCGGGACAAGAAGAGGACGUUCCCGCUCUGCUUCGAUGACCACGACCCCGCAGUGAUCCAUGAAAACGCGUCCCAGCCUGAGGUUCUGGUUCCCAUCAGGCUGGACAUGGAGAUCGACGGGCAGAAGCUCCGAGAUGCUUUCACGUGGAACAUGAACGAGAAACUGAUGACCCCAGAAAUGUUCUCAGAAAUUCUCUGCGACGACUUGGAUCUGAAUCCUCUGACCUUCGUCCCUGCCAUCGCUUCGGCCAUCCGCCAGCAAAUCGAGUCCUAUCCGACUGACAGCCUCCUGGAGGACCAGUCAGAUCAGCGUGUCAUCAUCAAGCUGAACAUCCAUGUGGGAAACAUCUCGCUGGUGGACCAGUUUGAGUGGGACAUGUCUGAGAAGGAGAACUCUCCAGAGAAGUUUGCCCUGAAACUGUGCUCCGAGCUCGGCCUUGGCGGGGAGUUCGUCACCACCAUCGCUUACAGCAUUCGGGGCCAGCUCAGUUGGCAUCAGAAGACUUACGCUUUCAGUGAGAACCCUCUGCCCACGGUGGAGAUCGCCAUUCGGAACACUGGCGACGCCGACCAGUGGUGCCCCCUCCUGGAGACUUUGACCGAUGCUGAAAUGGAAAAGAAGAUCAGAGACCAGGACAGGAACACCAGGCGGAUGAGACGACUGGCCAACACCGCCCCGGCCUGGUAGCCCACUCGCCCCUCCUGUGGAAGUCUCCGCAAGAUGGGCCCCUUUUCCUUUCCGCUGGGGGAGGGGCCCCUCCUUCCCGCGCGCUGCCCGGGCCCUCGGCCGGGACAGGCGCAGCGUGUAGCCUGUGGCCCUGCCGGGGCCCAGCGAGGAAGCUUUUCGAAAUAAAGAGAAGGUGGGGCGCUCCUU